AGGAAGGCGGCAGCUGGAAACAACCUGUGACCGGGGGACCACACAGCCACAGGGCUCUGCCGGCUACCAAUGGCAAUAGUCAGAGUUGUGGGGGCCCUAGUCCUUCUGUCGCUGGCCUCAGGCCAGAAGCCCACAGAAGCACCAAGAGGCAUCUGCCUGCACAUCAAGAGCAACCAGUAUGACCCCUAUCAUGUGAAUGAUGUCGCCGGUUGCUUCACCAAGUGCAAGCGGCUGGGAGACAACACCUGCGACGUGGAUAACUUGCAAAGAUACUGGCUGCAGUACGAGGUCUACCUGGUGGGGAAUAAUGCCUUGGAGACAGUGGACAUGCCUUCUGUGAAAGCUUUGGUCCAGAAUUUCAGCACUGACAUCUCAGAAGACCUGCUCUUCUCUCUGGAACCCUCCCAGAUCCCAAGACAGGUGAUGAAAGGUGAGGACCAGCCCCCUGACAGAGUCCGACUUCCCAAGAGCCUUUUCCAAGUCCUGCCUGGCAACAAAUCUAUGGUCCGGUUGGCUAUAACCGUUCUGGACAUCGGUGAAGGGAAUGUCUUCAAGGGCCCCCGGCUCAGCCAGGAUGAUGGCAGCAGCGUGUUGAACAACCGCAUGGUGGGACUGAGCGCCGGCCCAACACCUGUCACUGGGCUCUCAGAGCCCGUGGAGAUCAUCUUCUCCCACCAGCACCAGUCCGCUAACGUCAUCCUCACCUGUGUAUUCUGGGAUGGGGCUAAAGGUACCACAGGAGACUGGGCUUCCCGGGGCUGCUCCACCGAGCUCACAGCCAAGGGGACCAUCUGCCGCUGUGACCACUUGACCUUCUUUGCCCUGCUGCUGAGGCCGACCUUGGACCUAGCCACUGCACAAGCCCUCACACGCAUCUCCCAGGCAGGUUGUGGCACCUCCAUGAUCUUCCUGGCAUUCACCAUGGUUCUCUACAUUGUCCUGAGACUCUCCCUGCAGAGGUUCAAGUCAGAAGAUGCCCCCAAGAUCCACGUGUCUCUGAGCAUCAGCCUGUUCCUCCUGAAUCUAUCCUUCUUAAUCAACGUGGGGAGCAGCUCGCAGGGCUCCACUGCCUCCUGCCGGGCCCGGGCUGCUGUCUUCCACUACUUCCUGCUCUGUGCUUUCACCUGGAUGGGCCUGGAGGCCUUCCACCUGUACCUGCUGGCCAUCAGGGUCCUCAACACCUACUUUGGACACUACUUCCUGAAGCUAAGCCUGUUGGGCUGGGGCCUACCUGCUCUAGUGGUCAUUGGCACUGGGAGCAGCAACAGCUAUGGCCUCUACACCAUCCGUGACCAGGAGAACCGCACCUCACUGGAACUGUGCUGGUUCCAGAAAGAGCCUGCUCUUUAUGCCACGGUCCACAGCUACUUCCUCUUCACCUUCCUCUUUGGUGCUGUGGUGCUGGCCCUGGUGGCCUGGAAGAUCUGCACUGUGACCAGUGCUACGGCAGGCAAGGGUCAAGGGCAGACCUGGAAGACGGUCCUCACGGUGCUGGGUCUCUCCAGCCUGGUGGGCAUGACCUGGGGGCUGUCCAUCCUCACGCCGCUGGGCCUGUCCACUAUCUACAUCUUCGCCCUCUUCAACUCGCUGCAAGGAGUCUUCCUCUUCUGCUGGUUCACCAUCCUCUACUUCCCAAGUCAGAGAGCCACGUCCUCCUCCUCCUCCGGCACUGGCACCGCCCGCCUGGACCAGGCUCACUCCAUGUCGCAUGAGUAG